AUGAAGGGCGCGGGGAAACGGCCGCUGCUCCGCCCGGGCGCGGGGAGAUGGGAGGGGAGAACUGAGAGGGAGGGAGAGAGGGAGGGACGGAGCGCUUCCCGCCGUGCCCCCGCCUCUCCCCGCUCAGGGCGUCCCUCGGCGGCCGCCGGCUCAGUGCCCGCUCCGCCGGGACAUCGCUGCGGGCGGAGGGAGGCGGGCGGGGAAGGGGGAUCGGCCGCCGCGGAGUCGGGCUCAGAGCGCGACUCCCUCUGCAGCGCUCGCUGGCUGCCCGGGCGGGAGCCGCGAUCCCCGCCGGCCUCGCCGCUCCGGCUCCGUCCCUCCCUCACCGCGAUCCCCGCGGUCCGCCCGGCCCGGCCCGGCCCGGCGCGGCCGCCGCUCCCCAGCCCCGCGCAGGCGGCCUCCCCUACCCACAAGGCCCCGCUGCGAGCGGCGCAUUGCUCGGCGCUCACUCACCGCCCCACGAUAACCCUGAGCUCAGCGGGGCAGCGGCCGGGCCCGGGCGGGGCGGCCGCGCAGGGAGAGGGCUCUCUGUGUUCGGGCACAGGGAACUCACUCUGCCCGCGCACCGUGAAACACGCGGGGAAAAAGCAAAACCAAAAGCCUCCCGACAUUAGAGAAAGUGUGCAAGCAGCGUUUCCGGUAGAGCAGCAGUGCUCAGGGCUUUCUUGGAUGCGCUGUGAAGACAGAAGUGAAGCUGUGAAUCGAGGUUAAUUGAAAUGCUCACGUGAUGGUGAUGUGCCAGAUUCCCUGCUGUAAGUCUCAGGAGGAAAUUUGCAGUAAGUGUAGCUUGGAGAGUAAGGACAAAAUGACCUUGGCUUUUCCUUUGCCACUUUCUGCAUUUAGGUGAAGUUUAGGGCUCUGUGGCCCAUAGGUGUAAGUUGGCAGUUUGAGAGGGUGCUGUGAUUUACAAAAUCCUCCCCAUUGUGCUGUCAGUAGGCUGUUUAUGCCUCACAGUACCUUAGAGCAGAGGAGGAUUUCUGACACUCUUCUUUCUGCUGUGAGCAUUAUCUCCAGCGCUU